CGCUCUUUUCUCUAUGCUUGUUUCAUUUCAAUUUCAAAUAUUUUUACACGAAUAAAUACCGCGGCGUGUCUGCAAAUACAAUUACAGCUACAAAAAAAUGGAUGAGAGGAGAGGAAAAAGAACAGUGAUUGUUCUCUCCUCUUCCUCUGAAGAAGAAGAAGAAGAUUACGACGACGAUUCCGAAGAACAAAACACCGAUUGCGAUGACUCGUCCCAAUCAGAUACCUGUGAAAUUGAAGAUGAGGAAGAUGAUGAAGAAGAUCGCGAUGAAGCUUCGGGAUCAGAUAAUUGUGAUGUUGAUGACGAAUCUCUCUCCGAAAAAGUUGUUUCUCUCCUUCAAGGUGGAAAGGAUAUAGAUUCGUUGAAAUUAAACGAAUGCAAAGCGUAUUUGCGGAAACAUGGUUUGAGGCUUACAGGAAAUAGAGCAGUUUGUAUCGCGAGGAUAAAAGAGCAUUGGAGGUUAAAACAUGGAAGUGGGUACACAUUGUAUCCAAGAUCGUCUUUCAACAUUAAUUGUACUGGUGAUGUCUGCAUGGGUGAUGUCGUUCUGUUCAGACAAAAGGUUUAUGAAAAGUUUAGCAAAGGGGCUAGGCAUGGAAGAGUUAGAGGAAGCAGAACUGUUGCUGGGAGGGUUGUAAAGGAAAGCUAUGGUGCAGCUAAACAACAACAUACCUUUACUGUUGAGGUGCUGUGGAGUAGUGGGGUUAGGAAAUUACCUCCACUUACUCCUUUGCUUGUAAAGGGUCGUAAUCUCUAUAAAAUGAAAACUUACAGACAGAAAUGGAAAAAUGAAGCUGAUAGGGUCAAAGUGCUAUCUGAGAAGCACAGACGCGGUGCAGCUGCAAGGUUUGUGAGAGGGUUGAGGCAGAAAAAGAAAACCUGUAAUGCAAAUGGAUCUAAGGGUUCUAAGCGGCAGCAUGAAAUCCAGAACACGAAGCAAUCAAAAAAAGGACGAUCUGGUGAUAUAAACAAGGUUAGGCACCUUGAUGGCUCCCGAAGAGCAGACGAGUAUCAGCAUCAAGUGGCCAAGUCAUCAACACAAGCUACAUGGAAUGAGAGUACAUCUUCAAGAGCCUUCAGAUCUGCAAGGGGAAGAGUACACGAGUCGGCUGAAUUUGACCGCUAUCAAGCCCCCGCCUAUCCAUUACAGGCUAGUAGCCAACAAAUUCCAUAUCAAUAUCAUGUACAUGCUCAAAGCCGGAGUGGACCAAAUGAAUUUGUUUAUCAUGGAAGAGGCCCAAAUCCAAAUAUGAGAGGAUUCCCACCUUACAGGCCUGGUGUUAGUGACUUUACAACUAGAACAAAUAUAUUCAAUGAUGGUUAUCAUGCCCCCACGAACCGAUACGACUUUGAGAUGAAGAAUUUGAAUGCAGAUCGUAUGGACAGGCCAUUAUACUUGUCUCCAAGAGACAGGUAUAGAGGGAGAUAUUAUGGCAUGUGAUAUAUAAUCUGUUUUUUGAAAUAUAAACAGUUUGGCUUCACCUUUUAACAGUGGCAUACCAUGGGCUAUCCUACCGUGCGUUUGACUUUGGACCUGUGUAUAUAGUAUUUUUGGAUGAACAAUGAGAGGAGUGAAAUCAUCCUUUCUUAAAAUGUGUUCGUAGUUAUGGGUGUACAUAUACUUGAGGAAAAAGUGUACUUUUAAAUUGUUUUCAAAUUGAGCUCAAUAAUUGGACUAGUGUACAUUGCAUUUUUGGAUGAACAAUGAGAGGAGUAUAACUGUGUAAUCAAUCUUUGCAAAUAUGUACCCUGGGCUUGCAUGUGUAUGAGACUUCAUCUAUCUCUUGCACGA